AUGAGACAGCUGCAGGACUCUGUGCUAUCAAAGUAUGCAAUCAGUCGAGGGUAUAGAGAAAUUAUCCUAGAGAUGGACUCAAAGGUGCUUGUGGAAGGUACAAGGGGGGCUUCAAACAAUGGGCUUUGGUCAGUCAAACCGGCAGCUGCGAUUGGAGCUAGAGCAGUGCAACUGGAAUGUUGGGCUGUAAGGCCACCACGGUCUCUUGUGGGUGUUUUGGAUUUCGACAGCCUUCCGUGUCCUCCCGUGGAUGUCUCUGCUCAGUAA